UUUCCUAAUAAGCAAACAUGCAGAAUCCCUAGAGAGAAAAAAGUGAAUAUUAUUUCAUGAAUUUUGGGGAUUUUCUUGACAACAGUAUUAUUGGUGAUGGUAAUGGUGGUGGUGCAAGAAUCGUUACGAAUAGCAACAACAUGAGAAGCAACAAUAACAUGUCAAUUAGUACAAAUUUACCAUCACUUGCCAAGUCGAUGUUCAACUCUCCUCGACUCUCUCUUGCACUUCAAACAGGAAGGGAAGGCGGCCCCGGUGGAGUUGCAGUAAUGGCUGAAGAGAACUACUACGAAGCUAAUGAUAAUAAUAAUAACAUUAUUGGUAGAGGAAAUAGAGAGGAAGAGCAAGCUGAAAGUAGAUCUGGAAGUGAUAAUUUGGAAGUUGCAUCUGGAGAUGAUGAAGAUGCUGAUAAUGACAAACCACAACGGAAAAGGAAAAGAUACCACCGACACACUCCUCAACAAAUUCAACAACUUGAAUCACUCUUUAAGGAGUGUCCUCAUCCCGAUGAGAAACAAAGGAUGGAAUUGAGUAGAAGACUUUGUUUAGAGACAAGACAAGUUAAGUUUUGGUUCCAAAAUCGUAGAACACAAAUGAAGACCCAACUCGAACGCCAUGAGAAUUCGUUUCUACGACAAGAGAACGAUAAACUUCGAGCUGAAAACAUGUCGAUAAGAGAGGCUAUAAUGAAUCCAAUUUGCACAACCUGUAGUGGUCCAGCAAUAAUUGGUGAAGUAUCUUUUGAAGAACAACAUCUACGGAUCGAGAAUUCCAGAUUGAAAGAUGAACUUCAUCGAGUUAAUGCACUUGCUGGCAAAUUCAUAGGCGGGCCCAUUUCAUUACCAUUGCCUAAUUCUACCUUGGAACUCCAAGUUGGAAACAAUGGAUUUAGAGCUAAACCUGAUUUUGGUGUAGGAAUUUCAAAUCCGUUGCCAGUAUUGCCUCAUACGAGACAAACAACCGGCAUUGAAAUGUCAUUUGAUAGAUCUGUGUAUUUGGAGCUUGCUUUAGCAGCUAUGGAUGAAUUAAUUAAAAUGGCAAAAACUGACGAUCCUCUAUGGCUAAGGAACAGGGAAUUAUGUGGCGGAGAAGUAUUGAAUCAUGACGAGUACAUGAGGAAAUUUACUCCUUGUAUUGGUUUGAAGCCGAUUAAUUUUGUUUCCGAGGGUUCCAGGGAGACCGGCAUGGUAAUCAUCAAUAGUUUGGCUCUUGUUGAAACAUUAAUGGACUCGAACAAAUGGGCAGAAAUGUUUCCUUGUUUGAUUGCAAGUACAUCAACAAUAGAUGUGAUAUCAAGUGGUGUUGGUGGAACUAGAAAUGGUGCACUUCAGCUGAUGCGUUCCGAACUACAAGUGCUCUCACCAUUAGUACCCAUCAGAGAAUUCAAAUUCCUCAGGUUUUGCAAACAACACGCCGAAGGAGUUUGGGCUGUUGUUGAUGUUUCCGUUGAUACUAUAAGAGAAACAACGAGUUUUCCAAAUUGCAGGAGAUUGCCUUCUGGAUGCGUAGUGCAAGAUAUGCCCAAUGGGUACAGCAAAAUUACAUGGGUAGAACAUGUGGAAUACGACGAGAGUGUAGUUCAUCAGCUUUACCGUCCAUUGAUCAGUGCCGGCAUGGGCUUUGGUGCACAAAAAUGGGUUGUUACCCUCCAACGCCAGUGUGAAUGCCUUGCAAUCCUCAUGUCAUCUGCUGUGCCCUCGAGGGAUCACACAGCAUUAACACCAAGUGGAAGGAGGAGCAUGUUAAAGUUAGCACAACGUAUGACCAACAACUUUUGUAGUGGUGUUUGUGCUUCCUCCAUACACAAAUGGAACAAACUUAAUUGUGUAGGUAAUAAUGUGGAGGAUUAUGUUCGUGUUUUGACUCGAAAGAGUGUAGAUGACCCCGGUGAGCCACCGGGGAUUGUUGUAAACGCUGCAACAUCUGUUUGGUUGCCUGUUUCCCCACAAAGACUUUUCGAUUUUCUGCGUGAUGAACAGCUGAGAAGUGAAUGGGACAUACUCUCAAAUGGUGGUCCUAUGCAAGAAAUGGCACAUAUUGCUAAAGGACAAGAUCAUGGCAACUGUGUCUCCCUCCUUCGUGCUAAUGUGAUGAACGCGAGCCAAAACAGCAUGUUAAUUCUUCAAGAAACUUGCACAGACGCAUCAGGGUCGCUUGUAGUAUACGCGCCAGUUGACAUACCGUCAAUGCAUUUGGUAAUGAACGGUGGAGAUUCUGCUUACGUGGCACUACUCCCUUCAGGAUUUUCCAUAGUACCAGAUGGGCCCGGGUCUCAUGGGCCUAAUUUGGUGAAAAGUCUUAAUAAUGGGCUUGGUCCAGGCCCAGAUAAGAGAGUAAGUGGGUCCCUCUUAACUGUAGCUUUUCAAAUAUUGGUGAAUAGCUUACCUACAGCUAAGCUAACAGUGGAAUCUGUUGAGACAGUCAAUAAUCUCAUCUCAUGCACUCUCCAAAAAAUCAAAGGAGCCCUACAUUGUGAAAGUUAA